AUGUUUAGAAAAGAAGACCAUUAUAUUAUGCCAAAUAAAUCUCAAGUUUUGUUUUAUUUGACAGAAGCGCAUGUUUUAAGAAUUCAUCGAACAGGCGCAGACUUACAGAUAACUGAUUCUAUUGACUUUCCUUUAUUUGACGUAUGGACAGAUUCUUUUUGCGCUAAAACAACCUGGAUUAUUGAAUCUUAUGGUCGGACAGUGCUGAUGAUUUCUGAAAAAUCUCGAAAUGCUUGGUGUUUUAUGGGACGAUCAAGGCCACCUUCAGUUGUGGUCACUGACUGGAAUGGUGACACAUUUGGACAUUUUUUACCAGGUAAUCCAUUUUUGGUACGGAAUACAAACACACAGACCAUUGCAAAAUUGGUUACUAAACAGAAUGCUGAAUCUGGUAAAUCAAUUUGGGUUUGCAUAUCCGAGAAAUCAGGUUGUGAAAUUGCAAAUUUGGAUAACUACUGUGAUAUAACGUUUACGGAAGUACCAGUUGCAUUCCAUUUAAAGUUGCUCGUAUUGGCCGCUUUUGUUCGUCUUGCCGCACUAAGAGUGCCAAGAUCCAAAACUUACUGCUGCUGUUCACCAGUUCCGUCAUUUUUUGAUAAAUAA